CAUUCUUUCUCUUCCUCUUCUCACUCUCCCUUUCAUAUGCCCCCUAUCCUCUCCUGCUCGUCCAUCUCGAUCCCUCUCUGAUCUCCCAGGAUGGGCCUUUUGGACCGGCUUCGGGCUCGGCCUCGGCGCAGUGCGGGGAGUGCGACCGAGCAUCUGACGCCGCCCCGCUCGGCCAAAACACCAGGCCGCGAUUAUACCAGGAAGCUGCCCCGUCCGGUGCUCGCCUACAUCUUUGCCUAUGUCUGUCCACACGCUGUUGAUACCUCCUAUGAGACCUCCGAGGAGUCCAUGACCGAUGGCUGCAUGCUAUGCGACAUGCGCGAUCUGGCGCACAGCGCGCUGGUCUGCAAGCGCUGGUAUCUGGAGGCACGCGCUCUCCUCUACACAAAUGUCCGCAUCGAUCCCGUCCACUACUGCGAACUCGAGGUUGAGCUCGCCGCGAAACGUAAACGCCGGUCCUUCUUCGAUCGCAAUGGCGACCCCAUCGACGCGCCCCAGGUCCGCCUAGAAUUCUUCAUGCGGUCGGUCCGGGAAUCACAAGGGCUGGGCAAUAUGGUUCUCUCCCUUCGCAUGCCCUACAUGACCCGCGAAGCCAAUAAGGCCAACAUCGCCCGCACCAUCUCCGUCCUGCCUCACCUGCGCUUCGUUGACCUUCCAUCUGGUCUAUUCAGUGAUGAACCUUCGUGUGCGGCACUGAAGCAGGAGCUCAUGGCGCGCUGUCCUGAUCUCCGCCGUAUGAGUUACGGACAUGGAGCCGAGGGGAGCUUUGCCCGUCUGCCAGGAUCACAGCUUUGGGUCAAUUUGGAAAAACUGGAGCUAUCAGGAUUGCAAGUCGAGGCUGGGACUCUGCGUAGUGGUCUCGCUUCGUUCCCUCACUUGCGUGAUCUUACCUUGGAUGACCUUCCUUGGCUUGACGACUCCGCAUUCGCAGUCAAUGGCCCUUUCCCCCUUUCCCUGCGCUGCAGCAGCUCACCCUUCGGGAUACUCCAAACGUCACGGCAAGCGGGCUUGCCGCAUUCCUCUCUGUCCAAAAUAACCGAAAAGCACUACAAUCGUUGA